AUCACAAGACAAAUCAGCAUCGACAGCACCAACACCACAACAAACCCCCAUCAACGACAGACACCCAUCCCCACCGCCCGGCAUCUGACUACCUUCAGCACGCCUAGGCGCCUCUAUUCGCACUUAUCCACGAAGACACGUGCUCCGAUAUCGUGACACGCAGCCAGCUCCUCCUGCCGGGCGCGCCUUGCAGUCGACUCGCCACGAUCAUCGAGUCACCAAGCAACCCAGAAGCCAUUCACAAAACCAAGAGCCCCCGUCACUAUGCCAGGAAAGACCCCCAAUAGCAACGGCAACAAGCCUACCCAGAACGGCUACAGGAGUACCAAAGAUGUCGACAUGAAGGAUGCAAAGUCCAAGAACAAGAAGGGCGCCAAGGACGGCGACGAGGAGAUGACGGUUGUGGUCCCCCCUUCCAAGGGCACCAAGCAGUCCUCGACUCUGCCACCGCCGGAUGCUGAUGGUGAUGUCGCUAUGGGUGACGAAGAGAACGCCGACGACGCCGCCGCUGUCAAGGUUGACCCUGUCGUCCAAGCCGUGGCAGACAUCAAGAGCAACUUUGCGCUGCUCGACCGUGCCGUUGCACUGUUCGAUGCCCGAUUCUCCCUCCGAGCGCUGAGGUCAAUCUCGACUAUCCGUAAACGCCUGACCCCAGACGUCAUCGCCCAAGCAAUUGUCGAAACCUUUCCCGCGACCGUCACAUCUGGUAACGCAGCUAAACAGCUCCUUAUUGCCAUUGGUCGAGAGAGUCUGCCACUGGGCCAGUCUUCUGCUUCGGAGAUGGAGGUCGACAGUGAUGUCUCAAAGGCCGCCACCAAGAACGGCUCCAAGAAGGAAGUCAAGGAGAUCAUUCCCGAGGUGGACCUUUUCCUCGGUAUUCUGAUCCAGGUCCAUCUCUUCGACACGAAGCAGUUCCAGCGUGGUGCCGAUUUCUCAAAGUACCUCUCGGAUCGGAUCCAAUCCCUCAACCGCCGCACACUGGAUUCGCUGUCUGCCAAGGUCUAUUUCUAUUAUUCGCUUUUCUGCGAGCACCUCAACCCCCAGCCGCCUUCUUCCCAGUCCCCCGUCGUUGCCAUCCGCCCAACGCUCCUCGCUGCCCUGCCUGAUCUGCUCGUCUCUCACACCCAGUUCCCGGAGAACGCCGUCAACAAUCAGGUUGCCCGCUUCCUGUACUAUCUUGGGCGCAUCCGCGCGGUCCAGCUACGCUACACCGAGGCACACGAGCAUCUCACUGCCGCGACGAGGAAGGCGCCAUCGAGUGCCUGCGCGGCAGGCUUUUCAGCCACCGCUACGAAGCUUCUUUUGGUUGUGGAGCUGCUGAUGGGUGAUAUCCCUGAGCGGUCAACUUUCCGUCAGCCUACUCUGGAGAUAGCGCUGCACCCGUACUUCCUGCUGGUGCAGGCUGUGCGCGUCGGUAACCUCGAAGACUUUGAGACCAUUAUCGCAGACCACGCCGAUGUCUUCCGACGGGACGGCACUUACACCCUGAUCCUUCGUUUGAGGCAAAACGUGAUCAAGACGGGCAUCCGCAUGAUGUCUCUGUCUUACUCCCGAAUUUCGCUGCGGGACAUCUGCAUCCGCCUCCACCUCGGAAGCGAGGAGUCGGCUGAAUACAUUGUCGCCAAAGCCAUUCGCGAUGGUGUGAUCGAGGCAACCCUGGAUCGUGAGCACGGAUUUAUGAAGAGCAAGGAGAUUGGAGACGUCUAUGCUACGCGAGAGCCGGGCGAGGCUUUCCACGACCGAAUCCGUGCCUGCUUGGCUCUGCACGACGAGAGCGUCAAGGCCAUGCGCUUCCCCAUGAACCAGCAUCGCCUGGAGCUGAAGAAUGCCCAAGAGGCUCGCGAGCGUGAGAGGGAGAUGGCAAAGGAAAUCCAAGAGGGCGACCUUGACGAGGAUGACCUUGGCGGCGAGUUUGACGGCAUGUAA